ACUAUCUUUGUCAAAGUGUUAGCUGUAAAUAUCAUAAUAAACAAAGACUUUAUAGUAAGGAGAAGAAGAGGCUUGUCGACGAAGGAUCGAUCAACUGGGCAAAGCUAUGAAGGAUAAAAAGGGGCCAUUAAUAGCCGGCUCUGGAUGCUGCCCUCCCUACUCGAUCCGCUUCGUUUCUUGCACGAGCUAAAAACGAACACAAGACAGCACGAUGGAGGAAACUCAGCUUCCUCCGGGGUUCAGAUUCCACCCUACGGAUGAAGAGCUCAUCACAUACUACCUUAGCAAUAAAGUCUCGGAUUUCGAAUUCACAACUAGGGCUGUUGCUGAUGUUGAUCUUAACAAGUGUGAGCCUUGGGAUCUACCAGCAAAAGCAUCAAUGGGGGGAAAAGAGUGGUACUUCUUCAGCCUUCGCGACCGGAAGUACCCAACAGGGCUGAGGACGAACCGGGCGACAGACGCCGGGUACUGGAAAACGACGGGAAAAGACAAGGAGAUAUACCGCGGGAGCGCGCUGGUGGGGAUGAAGAAGACUCUCGUGUUCUACCGGGGGCGGGCCCCCAAGGGCGAGAAAACCAACUGGGUGAUGCACGAGUACCGCCUCGACACCACCUUCAAGCCCGCCAAGGAGGAAUGGGUCGUCUGCCGAAUCUUCCAGAAGACCGCCGCCGUCAAGCGCCCACACCCCUCCCCGCCCGACGAAUCGUCCCCCGGCGACAUCGAGCUUCCCAGCUUCGGCAUGCCCGUCUCUCCGCCGCAGCAGCCUGACAUCAAUGCUAUGCAGAAUUAUGCUAAUGAUGGUAGUAGCGUGAUGAGCUGGAAUGCAGAUGCGGCGGUUAACUCGAUGCCGCCAUGGCCGUUGCUCAGCACGAGUCUGUCGAUGAAUCUGCUGCUGCACACGGCGCUGCAGCAGCAGACUCUGCCGGGGGAUGGUUACGGAUUCGUGGCGCAGAUGAAUGUGUUUGGGAGGCAUGAUUUUGGAGGGUCGGGUUUCAAUAUGGGUUCGACUUCUGGGGGUGUGGAGUCGGUGCCGCAGGGGCAGCUGCUAGCGUUGCCGUAUAAUGUGGACUCAAAUAUUUGGUGAGACUAAAUUGACAUGGAAGCAGCAGUCAGGACAAACUAAGAGGUAUAGGGGUAUCCGAUUAGAGUGGGUAAUGUGGAGGUGGGGGUGAUUAAUUAGGGUAGGCGAUGGGCAAAGUCCAUUGCCGGAAUAAAUCAAGAGAAUAAUCGUAGGAUGUACUAGUUAUUUAGCCGCUGCAUAUGUCCGUUGUAAAUUGUACGUAUGUAUGUAUGUUUUGUUGAAAACUUUACGCAUCGAUUCUCUCGCUCCAACC